GUAAAAUCCAAACAUAGAAUUUCCCAGUCGCUUUUUAAGUGCGGAAAAGUUGAACACACGUAUACACUCGCGCGCACAUACGCCCCAGGAGCGCCAGGCAAUAGGUGAACGAGCCCUUGGCACGACGAAACGAAAAGUUAGAAAAAGAAGAAGCACAGAAACCCGCGGUUUGGCCAGAACACAGGAGCAAUAAGUUCGUGUUUUUUAUAAGUAAAAGGCGUCCGAGGCCGGGAAAAGCACAAACGCGCGUACAAGAAGUAUAAAAAAAGGUACAUCCAUUGUACAGUGUUUUGUUUCAUGUGUGGUGUAAGGAGAUAAGUAAUGUGGUGUCUUUCAUGCGUCUCUUCUCCAACUAAUUCAGAACCAAUGGCUGCUAUCAGGAAAAAGCUGGUGAUCGUCGGCGAUGGUGCCUGCGGUAAAACCUGUCUGCUGAUCGUCUUCAGCAAGGAUCAGUUCCCGGAGGUGUAUGUGCCGACCGUGUUCGAGAACUACGUGGCCGACAUCGAAGUCGACGGCAAGCAGGUCGAGCUGGCGCUAUGGGACACGGCUGGACAGGAGGAUUACGACAGACUGAGACCGCUGAGCUACCCAGAUACCGACGUUAUUCUCAUGUGUUUCUCUGUCGAUUCGCCCGACUCGCUGGAGAACAUCCCCGAAAAAUGGACACCUGAGGUCAAGCAUUUCUGCCCUAAUGUACCCAUCAUCUUAGUUGGUAACAAGAAAGAUCUCAGAAAUGACUCUCACACUAUUAAGGAAUUGGCCAAAAUGAAGCAGGAGCCAGUCAAGCCACAGGAGGGACGUGCGAUGGCCGAAAAAAUAAAUGCAUUCGCUUAUUUAGAGUGUUCGGCCAAGUCCAAGGAAGGCGUCCGUGAGGUGUUCGAAACGGCUACGAGAGCAGCGUUACAGGUCAAAAAGAAGAAGAAGAGUAAAUGUGUUCUGCUCUAAAAGAGCAAAGCCAGCAUUGUGCUCCUAUUGCGAUGUGUUGCGCGCAUAAACACUGAGCUGAUGAUGAGAAACGGAACGGAAGCGUGUGACGAAACACGACAGGAAGAACUUGAACAACUUGGGAAUCAUAGUAUAUAUGGUGGGAUGUGGAAGAGAAAAGCGUGCGGAUUGAGAUGGCAGGCAGGGUAGAUAGAAGGCCAAGCGCUAUAAACUAAUAUCGCUUGGUAUACGGGCAAGGAAAGCGAAAACGUAAUUUCGUAUAUAAACGCCACCAUUACAUCCAUCAGCAACAACAACAGCAAAAGCCUCAGAUCGAAGUAAAGAAUCCUUUUUUUUUAAAACGAAAAAGAAACAUCUUUCGAACACCACCCUUCACACGGUAUAUAGACCAAAAAGCAAAAAGGAAACACAAACACAGGACGAAAAGGACGGAGGAGAGAUACAACUCGAUACUGGAUUACGCUGAUCCACGAAGCCUAGACGAGCCUUACGGUUUAAAAAGGACAACAACAAAAAAAAAGUGAACUACAACAUAAAAAUAGAUCUACAUGUGGUGAGCCGCGUCUCUCAGCCUUUGGUGGUUUACAGAUCGAGUAAUACUAGAAUUACUGCGUCCCUAGAGAAGGUAGUGUAGCCCGCAAACGCCUUUUUUAAUGUGUAUCUAGCGUAACGCAUGCGAGAGAUCACUGAAGACGACAGUUUCAUCGGUUUAUCAGCAAAGAGAGGUGUCGUUUUUUUAAGCACGCAAGGAGCAAGCACACGCGAAUGGGAAUGUGCACACUCUAAACUGCAAUAUUGCUCUGUUCAAAUGAUUUUAUAGUUCCAGAACAAAACUAAACAAGAGCUUUGAACAUACGAUGGAUGAAAUCAAGUUGUCCAGCGAUUACACACUACUGCACACGUAUAGAAGCGCGUGUAUAUAGUACGGGGUUUUUCGACAGAGGGUGACGGCAACAAAAUCACGUUUUUGCCGCGCAUUAGCCCAGGGAGGAAAUUUUGAAAGUUUUCCCAGCGUUCAUGUUUCUCAUAUUUGGCCCCUCAUUUUUUCCUGUUUUUAUCUACACAACAUAAAUAAUACACACCUAAGCAUACAUACAUGCAUACAUAAAAUGGCAUCUAUUAGAUGUGUUUUUUUAUUAUUAACUAUUUGGUAAGCGAUUAAGAAACAUUAUGGUGUGUGUCCAAAAAGAUACAGCAUACGAAGAAGAAAAAAAAACAAACAUUUGAAAAGUGUAAAUGAAGGACGACGUUAGUAAAACGGGCAUAAUGAUAGAUACCAAGCGCUCAUCAUACUUGAGGGUCCGAUUUGGAGAAGAAAGAGGAAGGACAAAUAGAUAAACAACAGACACACACACAACAUGGUAGGAGAAAGCUGAAAAGCACACAACUCUUCUUUCAGCCAGAAGCGCAUGAAUCGUUCGUUCACAAUAGCAUAUUUACAAGAAUAUCCAUUGGCAGAGCAGAGCAGCAGUAAUACAUAAAUACGCCCGCCCAUCCAUGCAAUACGAGAUUAUAAUCGAAUGAUAGAAAGCACGUUGUAAUACGACGCCAUGCCGGGCGUCGGGCAAUAUAAUUUGGCCGAUGAGGUGUAAAGAACCGUUUAAUUGCAACAUCUUUCUGUUGCUCUAACCUUUCAUGUUUGCUGCUUGAUUAUGUAAGACAAGCAAAACAGUAGACAGAAGUCUGAAUCCGACACACAUACUUUGCUCUACACAAGGCUACUAGCCCCCGGAACAAUCAAUUUCUGAGAAGCUCGCAAGGCACCAGACACCAGAUGUAUUCGGAUUUAAAAAUCAAAUCAUCGGUAACGCAUAAAGCAGUGAGUCACUCGCGUGUACUCUGAAAACACACAUACAUUUGGCAAUGAAACUGAGAAAAGCUUGCGGAAACAAUUGGCGAAAGAUCGUUUGGGAUCGUGUCUGAACGCGAUAUGCCAACAAAUAUGCAGCGUACGCGGGAAAGUUGAAACGGAUCUAGGAUAGUAAUAGGGUAACACAGAUUAGCGUGAGGAAGAGUCAGAAUUUUAAAAAAGAAUGCAGAAGAAUAAAUUCUAACCAAUGAUAAAUGGAAACAACAAAACACACAACACACAAAAUCAACAUCAAUCCGAUUGUCUUCAUGGUGGUGGUGGUGGUACUGGUUAAUGGGAGAUGUGGAAGCAAAUUUUGUAAGAGGAUCGAAGCGAAAUUAUCAUUUGGGGGUGUUCUUCUACAUUCUGAAAUGAAACCGAGGCCAUGAUCAAGCAGCUGUUUGUUUGUUUCGAAUACACAAAUAAAUCCAGCGCAUUGAUGAUUCUAUUCCAUGGAUGGUGGUGUCGUAUAUCUCCCGUUCGGAGUGUCCGAGUUCCAGAGGUCCCAUUCCGUUGGAGCUUUUUUACUGGCAAGAAAAUGGUGAACAGAAGUUAAUCACCGAAUGUGUAUUCAACCAAGAAACGUGGUAUGGUAUUUAGACCUGCAGGAGGAUGCCUCGGAAUGUGAAGACAUGACCAUAUUUUGUUGUGAAUUGGAAUAAGGACAGAUCAAAAUGCGGAUGAUUCGCGUACCUAUUGCUGCGAAUAAGCUCUGCGAUUAAGUGAAUCAAUUUGUGAGCGAACGAUCCAUCGAUCCUACCAAAUCAUGCUCUUCACCUCUGCUACAGUGCUGCUGUACCGCCGUUUUGGUUGGCAGUAGCUGUUACGUUGUGUAUCUGUAUGUAUGUAGUGUGUAUCUUCUUAGAAUGUUUAGAUUUUUUGGAAAGUUUGUGACGGCAGCAGUACACGUGUUUUGGGAUUUUAGCGCAUACUUGCGGUUCUGGGCAGCACAAUACACUGCUCGAAAGUAAGGUAGUGUCUGGCAGGAGAAUGAGAGAUGUAUGUUCAGUAUACUCUAGUGUCAGUAUGCCCAUCUCUUGCAGUGUUCUGUUUCGGGCCAGUUGUACUGAUGUGAUCAAUGUGUAUCUUUUUGAGAGCGUGUAGCCGCGUAGAUGAAAAAGGGAGCUAUAGUCGCUAUGCAAAGCGUGUUCCCGGCAGAAUUGGUGCAGGGAAAUAGCUACGCUACACUACACAGACAAAAAUCGGGUAUUUUAGCAUAUAAAUUUAAGUAGAAAACUUUGGUAUUCUUUCGAUGCAUUGUGUGUAACAUAUGGCAUCUUUGUAAUACAACCACUCCUCGCUGUUGUUAUUGGUGUGUUGUGUCCGUCUCGUAACAAGUGUUUCGUAUAAUGUUUGAUUUGUUAGUGUAUUGCUCUGGGAACCGAAUCCCGAAAUGAAACCGUCUUGUAUAUGGCUGCGCGGCACUGCUAUCCUUUGUGGAUUUAGUUUCUUAUCAGAUUUAACCCUAAAUGGAUUGCGCACAAUCGUUGUGUCAUCGAUCGAGAUCGCAAAAACUGUACGAACAGCAGCGGGUGGUCAUUUUUUUCUCAUGCAAUAUCAUUGCGUAUAGUGUAGUAAACGUGAUCAAAAUGAAACCCGAUUUGAAAAUUUAUAAAGCCCACUCACCACAAAACCACCCCACCAAACAUUCUACAAUUCCGGCAACUAACACGGAUGCGGAAUUCUUUACCCUUUUUACACGCACUGAAAGAUGGAAAGUGACGGAUAGUCUGCGGGUGGUUGGUCACGAGGCCAUUUUGAAUGAUUUUAUUUUAAAAUUAUCAAAGCCGUGACAAUGAAAUCGGAGAUCCUUGCUGCUCCUAUCCCGUUGUGCGGGGAAGAUAAGAUGGAAGAGCCGUAGUUAAUAAUUUGGACUGAAACGCAAUUUCUGUGCGGGAAGGCAACACAAACACACACACACGCGCGAGCAGUUAGCGAUCGUAGCCAUUAUACAUAUUAUUGAACUAUAAUAAUUUCUACUACUAAUCCUACUAAGACCUACCACUACUGCUACUUUUAUUCAUAUUCGAUCUAAGGGACAUAAACACAACUCUGCUGGUGAUGGUUAGAUGAUAUACAUAACAAAACAAAAAAAAACCGAUAACGCUUUUUAGAUAAAGAGAUAGGCCUUUUACAGAAGCUAUUGAAAUUUACUAAACACUCCCGUUCGAUGUACUUUUGCCGCCGGGGGGGUGGCACGCGCGAACGAAUGAAACGCGUUUUGUCGUACCCCGUGCCGGAGACAUCCGGUGUGUGCUUAUUCUACUGAUUGUUACGGAACGCUAGACCGUUUUGCAGAUUAGUUAGGAGUCGAAACGACCACAGUAAUUAUGCUACUUCUACGCUAUGCCCCUUUGGCGAUGAUGGCGGCACAUUUUGUGUAACAAACAAAUAUGGCGCUCGAUGCAACAGGCACUGCACUUUCACGGUAAUUUAUUUGCAGUAAAAGAUUUCAGGCCAUUCUUUGUUUUGUAUUUAAGUAUUUUCAUCCCUGUUCUGUAUAUUUGAUCCUUUUUUUGGGAAAUGCGUUGUCAACCGUGUUAAAUUUGAAACGGAUAUUUGCUUCGGGCAUGUGGGAAUCAUCUUUUUCUGUGUGAACAUUUGCGUUGUGCGAUUUCGUGUCUGUACUGCAGCAUUUGUGCGCCUUCGAGGGUAUUGGAGCAGGUAUUAUAGGGAACAGGCGCCUUCCUGUAGUACCAUUCGAUUGAUGUAUAAUGGAAGUUACUCGCAUGAAACCAACUACACAACUCGCUACAAUUUCCUUCUACGUCCCUCAACCAUGGUUGCAUGGUGAGCAUCUACACACAGCUUUCAAGAACACAAAUUUUCACAAUUAAGUGUCAAUAGCCCGGUCUCAGUCGUAAGCGACGCGAUUGAAUAACAUCAGCAACAAAUUUACCAUUUUUGCUGUAUAGUGCUAACACGAUAAAUGAAAAUCAACCAGAAAAUGAAGGAAAAAAUCCGGAUGCGGCAAAUCAAAGAUUGGCGUUACGCUUGUGAUGGUACAUAUAUAUAUAGAGAGAGAGGGAGAGGGAGAAACAUAUACAAAACGAAAGAGGUGAACAAACGAAACACGAAACAUUGCCACAUUUGACACAAAAACGCAGUGAGCAAACUCCGCAGAUACUUUUAGAAUUAAUCAAAGCUCGUAUCAAUUAUACAAUUCAAGCCAAAAUGGGGCAGAAGAUAAACUACAUUUUCAUACAGACUCGCAUCACAACGUAGCAAGGUUCAUCGCGGUACAGAUCAUUUUUUGGGAACUGACGCAGUGAACAACAUAUACAGCUAAAUCAUCAUACACGCAACCCUUCUCACUCUCAUUGCGUAAGGCGCGAGUUCGUACAUCUCUUAGAAAUAUCAUAGAUAAAAAUUAACUAAUUAUUAAACAGAAUAGACAAACACACGGCGACACAACAAAGGAAAACCAUAUUGUAAUAAAACCGUAAAGAAACACAAAACGCGGAGAAAGAGGGGAAGAAGAAUCAUGUUUGUUUUAAAAGCGGAAUCGACAUUCGUAACUGAAUUAAAACGGAAGCACGGUAUCAUACUUGCGCAUAUACAUGUUGCCGAAUAAGGGACUUAGAAAUGGGUGGUACGGUGGACAUAAGGUGGACAAUGGAUGGACCGGUCGGCAGAGAUGGGGAGAUGAGAGAAGCAGGAUAACGAACGAAGCAAGUAAACACGAUUGUUUCGAAGACGCGCGGCUAAGCGUGUAAACGCACGCAAUCCGCCGAAAUGUUUGUCCGGAACGGAGAGACAGUGUUUCCACCUCAUCAUGCAGUUUUUUGUUGAUUGAUUUUAAUAAGCUUAGUAAAAUACUAUUGCUGCUCUUACUUUUGCUGCGACACGAGGAAAAAAGGGAAGCUAUUCUUGGCAGUGACGGCAGUACGGCAGGAACUGAAACACUGUAGAGAAAGAAAGGAAAUUGAAGGAAAGGCAAACAAACAAACAGAAAACAACAAUCCCUCGGAAAAUGUUUUUAAAACUUUAUUGAUUAUGUAAACGAUCGCAGAAUGCAAACGGAUAAUGGAAUGUAAAGGGAAAUAAACCUAUGU